AUGAGCCAAGAUGAAGUCAUAACUUACGGCGCGUAUGCACCUCCACAGUUUGGCGGAAACGAGAAGAAAGACUUUGACCAGGUGUUUGUCCUGCAAGGACCCAAGUAUCACGACAUCUGGGCGGGACUGCUGUUCUUGGCCUGUGUCGCCGGGUUCACUGCCGUCUCCGGCAUCACCAUCCACGCAUACGCAACGACCAAGUCGAGCAGCGGCAACGGCAUUUACGAUGGCGACACCACGUUUGGGCUCAACACCAACUCGCUCAUCUGUCUGCUGAUCUGUGUCGGCAUUGCGGUCGUGCUCAGCGUGCUCUACAUGUGGGCAGCCCGCGUGCUGACUAAGGCGCUGAUCUGGAUCACAGGCAUCCUCAACAUCUGUCUCGGCCUCGCAACCGCCAUCUACAUGCUGUAUCGCCACUAUUACUCGGGCGGCAUCGUCUUCCUCGUCUUUGUGGCACUCAACAUCUUCUGCUUCAUCUCGUGGAUCCCACGCAUCCCCUGGAGCGUGCUGAUGCUGCAGACCACCAUCGACGUCUCGCGCCGUUACGGCCACGUCUACAUGGCCAGCCUGCUCGGUGGCCUCUCGGCAGCCGCCUUUGGCGUCUGGUACUCGGUCACCAUGGUGGCCGUGUACGUCAAGUACGAGCCGGGCAGCGGAAAUGCGGCCUGCAGCACGACCGGUGGCAGCUGCAGCAAGGCCAAGGUCAUCGGCAUCAUGGUCUUCAUCACCUUUGCCGGCUACUGGAUCACCGAGUGGCUCAAGAACACGAUCCACACCACCAUCGCCGGCGUCUAUGGCUCCUGGUACUUUGCCGGUGACAACGCAAAUCACUACCCGCGCGGCACUACGCGCAGCUCUCUCCGUCGCGCCACGACGUACAGCUUUGGCAGCAUCAGCCUCGGCAGCUUGGUCGUCGCCAUUAUCAAUUUUCUGCGCCACCUCUGCUCCAUUGCGCAGCAGCAGUCGGCCAACGACGGCAACAUCAUGUCGACCAUCUUCUUCUGCCUCCUCGGCUGCUUCAUCUCCAUCCUCGACUGGGCCGUGCAGUUUGUCAACCGAUAUGCCUUUUGCCACAUUGCCCUCUAUGGCUCGUCGUACUUCCGCGCGGCCAAGGAUACGUGGACGAUGAUCAAGAACCGCGGUGUCGACGCUCUGGUGACGCAGUGUCUCAUCGGGCCGGUAUUCAGCAUGGGAGCGGUAUUUGUGGCUUACGCCACAGCUCUGUCGGCAUACGUGUUUCUACGCAUCACCGACCCUGCAUACAACCAGAAUGGCGACUACACGCCGGUGCUGGUGGCAUUUGCUUUCCUCAUCGGACUGCAGAUCUGCAACGUGUUCACGGUGCCGAUCAGCAGCGGCAUCGACACCAUCUUUGUGGCCAUGGCGUGGGAUCCGCAGGUGCUGACCCAGCGUCACCCCGAGCUUUACGGACGCAUGGUGCAGGUGUACCCGCAAGUGCAGCAGGCGGUGCAUGGGUAA